GUAACGUGACCAUCAGGCUGUGCUCCUUCUACCUCACCUUUCGUGCCAUGAUGAAAUUUAUCUCUUCAAAUUAAAAUGGCUGAGCAUGGUGAGACCACCGAAGAUCAAAUUUCUGAGACCGAUUAUGAAUAUCUCGCUGAGUUCUCAGCUCUUCUCGGGGUGGAUGUAGUUCAGUGGGUAAAGAGACAACAAGAAGAAGAGCAUAAAGAACGGAUGAAAAUGAAGAAAGGUUUUAACUCACAGAUGCGCAGUGAAGCCAAACGACUAAAGACUUUUGAGACCUAUGACACGUUCAGAUCAUGGACCCCACAGGAGAUGGCAGCUGCUGGGUUUUACUUCACAGGCGUGAAACUUGGGAUUCAGUGCUUUUGCUGUAGCUUAAUCUUCUUUAGUACUAGCUUCAGGAAACUUCCCAUAGAGAAACACAAGAAAUUACGACCAGAGUGUGAGUUCCUUCUGGGCAAAGAUGUUGGUAACAUUGGCAAGUAUGACAUCCGGGUGAAGAGUCCAGAGAAGAUGCUGAGAGGUGGCAAAGCCAGGUACCAUGAAGAGGAGGCCAGACUGGAGUCCUUUGAGGACUGGCCAUUUUAUGCCCAUGGGACAUCACCACGUGUACUCUCAGCAGCUGGCUUUGUCUUUACAGGUAAAAGAGACACUGUGCAGUGUUUCUCCUGUGACGGAAGCUUGGGCAACUGGGAAGAAGGAGAUGACCCCUGGAAGGAGCAUGCCAAAUGGUUUCCCAAAUGUGAAUUUCUUCAAAGUAAGAAAUCCUCAGAGGAAAUUGCCCAGUAUAUUCAAGGCUACGAGGGAUUUGUUCAUGUAACGGAGGUGCUCAUGACCAAGUUGGACUAUGAUAUUGGGUUAGAGGCCAGUACAGGUUACUGCAGUGCAGAGGGCCAUGCCUGCAAUCCCAGCACUGAGGCACAAAUAUCACAAGUUGAAAGAUAG